AUGGCUAAGCGUUUGGAGAAAGUGAUCGAUCGCCAAGACCUGGCGAAAGAGAAGCUGUUACGGAUUCAUACGAAUAUGCAGAGAACGGAUAAAAACAUUUAUUGGUUAAAUCUACAGUUGGAGAAUCUCCGACGGACCAACGAUGAGCUGGAAAAAUGUUAUUUGGAGAUUUGCGAAAUUGUUCCCAGAGACGAUCGAGAUGAGUUUAAACAGAAUCGAUUUGAAACUGAGGAACUCUACGAUGAACUGUACGUGAGUAUUCAAUUGGAGAUUGCAAAGUUUAAUGCGGAAGAAGCGGAAAAAGAGCAUCAAAAAUUGAACAUGUUAGCAUGUACAGGCAACCCUGUCGCCCCGCAGCCGGUAGUGAUGAACAAUUCGACACCUCAUCUGCAAGUACCCCUUCCAACCUUUGACGGUAAUCUGGGAAACUGGUACUCUUACAAGUGCAUGUUUCAGACUAUAAUGAACAGGUACCCUAACGAAUCUCCGGCUAUCAAGCUCUACCACCUGAAGAAUUCGCUUGUCGGAACUGCUGCCUGUAAAAUCAAUCAAGAAGUCAUUAACAAUAAUGAUUACGCAGGUGCGUGGAAGAUGUUGGAGGAUGCGUACGAAGAUGAACGAUUAAUCAUCGAUACGCACAUUGACGCAUUGUUAAGUUUACAAAGGAUGACGACUGAAAGCGGCGAAGAACUUCGUAAAUUAAUCGAUACCUGUACCAAGCAUGUUGACGCUCUCAAAAACCGUAAGUUUGAAGUAAGAGGAUUAGCCGAGAUGAUUUUAAUGAAUGUGGUUGCUAAACGUCUGGAUAAAGAAACACGGAAACAGUGGGAGUCGCAGCUAUCCCAGGAGGAGCUGCCCUCAUACAUUGAAAUGAUGGAUUACCUGCGCGAACGAACCCGCAUUCUACAGAAGAUGACUGGACCAUCAAUAGGAUUAGCCGAGAUGAUUUUAGUGAAUGUGGUUGCUAAACGUCUGGAUAAAGAAACACGGAAACAGUGGGAGUCGCAGCUAUCCCAGGAGGAGCUGCCCUCAUACAUUGAAAUGAUGGAUUACCUGCGCGAACGAACCCGCAUUCUACAGAAGAUGACUGGUUAUGCAGAACAAAGGCCAUCCAGCGCUCUGAAACCGAGAACCAAAUCAGAACAGAAGAUCCAGCCAGCAAGAAACUUCGUACAGACAAAAGAAUCUUGUUACUGUUGUAAUGGAGACCAUCUCAUUUACAAGUGUGGUCAAUUUAAGGAACUAAACGUAAGUAGUCGAUAUGCCAAGGUGAAACAGGCCGGACUAUGUUUCAAUUGCUUGCGUCAUGGGCAUCGUACAUUGGAUUGUAAUUCUGACAAGACCUGUAAGAGCUGCAAGCGAAAGCAUCAUAGUCUCCUUCAUGAAGAAAAGCCUGUACCUGUGAACCAAUCCGACAACCAGCCUACUGAACAAACUCCGAAGUCUGAUGAUCGUCAAGAAGCAGCUGCGCAAUCUGGAUCAGUAAAUUGUGCAACGUCGCUGAUGGUGACACAACAAGUGUUGCUGUCCACUGCAGAAGUACUUGUUACAGGAGCUGGAAAUAUUAGCUUUCCGUGUCGCGUAUUAUUGGAUUCAGGUUCGGAUUCGAAUUUAAUCUCUGAGCCGUUUGCGAAACGAUUGAAGCUCACCCUAGUAAAAAUCAACAUGCCGAUCAGCGGAUUGAAUAACACUGAAACUCAAGCUAAGUAUAAAAUUUCCACGAAAAUAAGUUCACGAGUCAAUUCUUUUAGCGCUAUUCUGGAGUUCUUGGUUGUACCAACCAUCACAAACCUACCAACGGCCAAAGUAGAUAUUCGAUCCUGGUCGCUACCCGCUAGUCUUGCUCUGGCGGACCCGUCUUUUUAUGUUCCCAAAGAAAUCCAAAUGAUCAUUGGCGCUGAACUAUUUUUCGAUCUCGUAAAAAAUGGACGCAUGAAAUUAGCAGCUGGAAGUCCUAUGCUGGUUGAAACCAACCUGGGAUGGAUUGUCAGUGGUCCCGUAAAGGGUCAGUGGUCCAGUCGUAAAGGAGGUGUUUGUCAACUAAACUUGUGCGAAGAGCAGAUAAACCACACACUUGCAAGAUUUUGGGAAUUGGAAACUGUCCAAGAAGCAUCCCCAUUUACACCUGAAGAACAAGCCAUCGAAAAUCACUUUGUAGAAACUCAUUCUCGUGACGACAUUGGUCGAUAUACUGUACGAUUGCCGUUCAACAAAAACAAGGGUCAACUUGGUGACUCGUUGGAAACUGCUCGAAGUCGAUUCAAUCGACUAUUGCGAUCGUUUGUAGAUACGAACAAACAGAUUCGCUAUACUGAAUUCAUGACAGAAUACCAGACUCUAGGACACAUGGUUGAGGUUUUCGAUAAUCCUAAAGAUGGUUACUUUCUCCCGCAUCACGCGGUGUAUAAGGAGUCCAGUUCAACUACCAAAAUACGUGUAGUAUUCGAUGCUUCGGCGAAGACCACAUCCGGUCUCUCGUUGAAUGAUACAUUGGCUGUUGGGCCAACUGUACAGAAAGAUCUGAUUACGAUUCUAUUGAGAUUCUGUUGCUUUCCGGUUGUUUUGACUGCAGACGUACCAAAAAUGUACCGUCAGGUACAGGUUCACAAGGACGACCGAAAAUUCCAACGAAUCCUGUGGCUAAAUUCGAAAAACGAAAUUGGAACAUAUGAAUUAACGACCGUUACUUACGGUUGUGCUAGUGCACCAUACCUGGCAACGCGCACGCUUAUUCAGUUAGCCAGAGACGAAGCAAUGGAACUUCCACUUGCUGCAAAAGUGGUCGAAGAGAAUAGUUACAUCGACGAUUUCCUCACUGGAGGUAGUACCGACGAAGAAGUAAUCGAAAUUUACCGACAGCUGACAGAGCUGCUACGACGUGGUAGGUUUGGAGUACACAAAUUCUGCUCCAACAGCGAAUCAGUUUUGAAGAUAAUACCAGUUGAGUUGCAAGAAAAACAAGCUAAUUUCAAGGAUGCGGAUAUCAACAAUGCGAUAAAAACACUGGGGCUCAUCUGGAAUCCACACGAUGACUAUUUUUGUUUCAACGUAAAACCUCUUGAUGGAAAAGUGCCGACCAAAUCGAGUGUACUAUCUGCUAUUGGUCGCCUCUUCGAUCCAUGCGGCUAUCUCGGUCCUGUUAUCACAACGGCGAAAAUGCUAAUGCAAGAUUUAUGGCGACUGAAGCUUAAUUGGGACGAUAUUCUGCCUGACGAACAAAUGAAUUUAUGGUUGGCCUUCUGCAAACAACUUCCGUUGGUCAACGAAUUGAAGAAAAAACGAUGCGUUGUCAAUGGUAACGCAACUGAAGUAGAGCUACAUGGAUUUGCAGAUGCGUCUCUGCGCGCAUACGGGGCUGUCUUGUACACAAGGUGCAUCUCCCCUAAUGGAACAAUUGAUGUGCAGCUGGUGUGCAGUAAAUCUCGCGUUGCUCCGUUGAAGCCGGUGACGAUUCCACGUUUGGAAUUGUGUGGGGCACUUCUUCUCGCACGACUGGUUAAUAAAACUGUUGCAGCAAUGAAAAUUCCGUUCAAGAAUGUGACACUGCAUCUCGACUCGCAAGUGGUUUUGUGCUGGUUGAGAAAAUCACCGCUUGCUCUUAAUCAGUUUGUUUCAAACCGUGUUGUCGAAUCCAUCGAACUAACACAAAACUAUCGUUGGCAGUACGUACGAUCUGAGCACAACCCAGCCGACUUGAUCUCACGUGGCGUGCUUCCAGAAGACCUUUUGAUGACGAAGCAGUGGUGGGAACCAUCCGUUCUUUUGCGACAACAGUUUCUAGAAUACGACGAAGGUGAAAUCCAGCUGAACGAUGAUGAAAUUCCUGAAUUAAAACUAGCGACGGUUGUGGCUACUGUGCAACGAAAGCUUUCGAUUGAAUUGACAAGAUUAAGUAAUUUUAGACGACUGCAGAGAUCAUGGGUGUACGUGUUGCGCUUCAUCAUGAACACCCGCACUAAAACCCGUGACACAUCGGAGUUCAAGGCACACGAAAUGACUGAUGCACUUCAUGCUAUCGUUCUGUUGAUUCAACGAGACGAAUUUCGAGAAUUAUUUCACACUUUGGAAAACAACGGUAAAAGGCAGAACAGAUUCAGUGGGUUAGCUCCAUUUAUUGGCACUGACGGUCUGAUGAGAGUCGGUGGUCGGCUCAAAUACUCUUCCAUUCCAUACGACGGAAAACACCAGAUUUUGCUUCCCGAGAAACAUCAUGUAACACGUAUACUCAUCCAACAACUACACGAAGAUAAUCUUCACGUCGGACAGCGAGGAUUGCUGUCGAUUGUUAGAGAAAGAUUUUGGCCUGUAAACGUGAAAAUGUUAAUCAAAAGAUUAAUUUCGAAAUGCUAUGUAUGCUGUCGAAACAAUCCUCAACCAAUAAAUCAAUUCAUGGGCAACUUGCCGGAUUAUAGAAUCACUCCUUCAGCCGUGUUUGCCAACACGGGAGUCGACUAUGCCGGUCCAAUAUAUUUAAAGGAAAUGGGAAGGAAGACAACGUUGUAUAAAGCAUACAUUUGUGUGUUUAUUUGUAUGGCCACCAAGGCUAUUCAUUUUGAAGUGGUAUCGAAUCUCACGACAGGAAAUUUUAUUGCAGCACUGCAAAGAUUCGUAAGUCGACGAGGAUAUGCUGCUAAUUUGUACUCCGAUAAUGGCACUACGUUUAUUGGAGCCAAUCACGAACUUGCUGCCAUGCGCAAACUAUUUGAAGAUCAAACACACCGGAGCAAAUUGAACGACUUCUGCACUGCAAAGGGAAUCCAGUGGCACUUCAUACCUCCUCGUAGUCCACAUUUCGGUGGCGUCUGGGAAGCAGGCGUCAAAUCAGCGAAGCACCAUCUGAAACGUGUUGUUGGUGAAACCAAAUUAACAUUUGAGGAAAUGACCACUUUCUUGGCGCAAUGUGAAGCCGUAUUGAACAGCAGACCGCUGAUUCCAGUUUCCAGUGAUCCGAACGACUAUCAGGCGUUGACUCCAUCACAUUUUCUUAUUCAAAGAACAGCAGGUAGUAAAGACGCGAUCGUUCCUUAUACGAGUGUAUAA